GCAGGAAGUGGCCGCCCGGAAGCCCCGCCCUUCACUACUUGUCAUCGCGGCAGGACUUCCGAGGGUAGUGACGUCACCGAAGGUCCUUUCUGUGUUAUCUCGUGUGGUGGAAAGGGACCGGUUACCGAGGCAGGGGCUUGUAUCAUGGCCGUACUGCUGGAGACCACAGUGGGGGACAUUGUCAUAGAUCUCUAUACGGAGGAGAGACCGCGAGCCUGCUUAAAUUUCUUGAAGCUAUGCAAGAUAAAAUACUACAAUUACUGUCUUGUUCACAAUGUGCAGCGAGAUUUUAUCAUACAGACUGGGGAUCCUUCGGGGACAGGCAGAGGAGGCGAGUCUGUCUUUAGUAAGUUGUAUGGAGAACAGGCACGUUAUUUUGAACCUGAAAAAGUGCCACGAAUAAAACACAAGAAGUUGGGAACAGUGUCGAUGGUGAACAAUGGCAGUGAUCAGCAUGGAUCACAGUUCCUUAUUACCACCGGGGUAAAUCUGGAUUAUCUAGAUGGGGUGCAUACAGUGUUUGGAGAAGUAACAGAAGGAUUGGAUGUGUUGCAGAAGAUCAAUGAGACAUUUGUGGAUAAAGACUUUGUUCCUUUCCAAGACGUCCGCAUAAACCACACUGUGAUUCUGGAUGACCCAUUUGACGACCCGCCAGGCCUCCCCAUACCCGAUCGUUCCCCAGAACCUACAAAAGAGCAGUUAGAUAGUGGUCGUAUAGGUGCCGAUGAAGAAAUUGACGACAAUAAAGGAAAACCAAUUGAGGAAAUUGAAGAACAACUGGCUGAGAAAGAAGCUAAGACCAAAGCUGUUCUUUUGGAAAUGGUUGGUGAUAUUCCAGAUGCAGAUAUAAAACCUCCUGAAAAUGUACUCUUUGUAUGUAAAUUGAAUCCUGUUACAACUGAUGAAGAUUUGGAGAUUAUCUUUUCAAGAUUUGGAAACAUUAAGAGCUGUGAAAUAAUACGGGACUGGAAAACAGGAGAAUCACUCUGCUACGCAUUUAUUGAAUUUGAAAAGGAAGAAGAUUGCGAGAAAGCCUAUUUUAAGAUGGAUAAUGUACUUAUUGAUGACAGGCGCAUUCAUGUCGAUUUCAGUCAGUCUGUUGCUAAAGUAAAAUGGAAAGGAAAAGGUGGAAAAUAUACCAAGGAUGAUUUUAAGGAAUAUGAGAAGGAUGCAGGAAAAUCUUCCAAGAUUGCCCUGAAAGACAAAGCUAAACCCAAACAAGACAGCAAAUAUGAGCUGGUAUUGGAUGAUGAUGUAGAAGACACCAGCAGUGAUCAGCGAUAUCCUUCUAAGCACAAAAUAGAAAAGAAACGGCACUGCUCUGAUGAUGAAGAUGACAGAAGAAUGAAAAAAACAAAGGAAUCCCACCAUAGAAGACAUGAAGAUGACUACUGUAGAGAGAAGAGGAAGAGUGAAAAGAAAGAUCACAGAAGAAGUCGUAGUCGAUCUCGGGAGCGCAGUAGCUACCAAAGCUCCAGAGAUAAGUCAAGAGAAGACACAAGGGAAAGAGACAGGGACAGGAGAAGAGAGAGAAGUCCAAAGCAGUAUAAAGACAGAUCUAAAUAUCGAGAAAGAGACUAAAAAGCAUGGAGAACACGAAAUAAUUGUGUAUUAAAGCUUACAAUUUUCACAAUAAAAUCAACUUUUU